CGUUACCCACUAUCCAAAUACCAAACAAAAACUUGUUUUAAAAUAUCUUUUACAAAUGAGUUUCGUAUAAUCAAAUCAAUCAUUAGGAGAAAACUCGUGAGGCUAUAAUCUCAUUGUCAUAUCUCAAAUCAAUCAGGAGAAAAACUAAAGUCUCCACCUUUAUACAAUUUCGUUAAUUCUCCAAAAGUUGUAUACUUUUUCAUCUGGGUUACACCAAUUUCGAUCAAAUUCAACUGGGUUUGCGUCAAUUUUAGGGUUCUUGAUCCCUACUCGUCUAAUCAAACCUCGUCUCUGCUCUGUUCUAAGUAUCCUCAAAUGACGAUGGAUGAUGCUUCUCCGAGUCAAAGGAGAACCAGUGGCUCGUCCUCUAACGAUGUUGCUGCUCCGUUACUCCCCAAAUCUCAGGGAGAAGAAGUUGCAGCUUACGACGAAUUCAACGGAGCUUCGUUUAGUGGAGCGGUUUUCAAUCUCUCCACGACCAUAAUCGGCGCUGGCAUCAUGGCCUUGCCCGCCACGAUGAAGAUCCUGGGGCUUGUGCUCGGGAUUGCGAUGAUUGUUGUCAUGGCUUUCUUGACUGAUGCGUCUAUUGAGUUCUUGCUUAGGUUUAGUAAGAUUAAGAGGAGUAGGUCUUAUGGUGGCUUGAUGGGUGAUUCUUUUGGGAAACCUGGGAAGGUUUUGCUUCAGGUCGCUGUUUUGGUGAACAACAUUGGUGUUUUGAUUGUUUACAUGAUCAUCAUUGGUGAUGUGUUGGCUGGGAAGACAGAAGAUGGGACUCAUCAUCAUGGUGUUCUUGAAGGAUGGUUUGGUCACCAUUGGUGGAACGGAAGAGCUUUUGUUCUUCUCAUUACAACUCUUGGUGUGUUUGCUCCGUUGGCUUGCUUCAAGAGAAUUGAUUCUUUGAGAUUUACAUCUGCAUUAUCAGUGGCUCUAGCCGUCGUGUUUCUCGUCAUCACAGCGGGGAUUUCCAUCAUGAAACUGAUCAGUGGCGGCGUGGCGAUGCCAAGAUUGCUACCAGAUGUUAGUGACUUAACAUCCUUCUGGAAUCUCUUCACAGUUGUACCUGUUCUUGUCACCGCAUUCAUUUGCCAUUACAAUGUUCACAGCAUACAGAACGAGCUAGACGACCCGUCUCAGAUAAGACCUGUAGUCAGAUCAGCUCUCAUGCUAUGCUCAUCUGUUUACAUAAUGACGAGCAUUUUCGGGUUCCUCUUGUUUGGUGACGAUACUCUUGAUGAUGUCCUUGCAAACUUCGACACCGACCUUGGAAUCCCUUUUGGUUCUGUCCUUAACGACGCGGUUCGAGUCAGCUACGCGCUUCAUCUUAUGCUCGUGUUCCCCAUUGUUUUCUACCCUUUGAGGAUCAACAUUGACGGCCUCUUUUUCCCUUCCUCUCCAUCGUUAACUUCCUCAAAUGUGAGGUUCGGUUGUCUCUCUGCAAGUCUCAUCACUGUGAUCUUCUUGGGUGCAAACUUCAUCCCUAGUAUUUGGGAUGCUUUCCAAUUCACUGGAGCUACUGCUGCUGUUUGUCUCGGAUUCAUAUUCCCAGCUUCCGUUAUACUAAAGGAUCGUCAUAGCAGAGCAACAGGCAGGGACACGACCUUAGCCGUUUUCAUGAUUGUUCUUGCGGUGAUGUCCAAUGCAGUCGCCAUUUACAGCGAUGCUUAUGCGUUAUUCAAAAAGCACACGCAUCGUGGAUGAAGGAAGCAACAUCGUUUUUUUAUUCAUUCUCUUCAUGUAAAAAAUCAAAUAAUUAAAGAAGACGAGACUUCUCUUCUCUUUGUGGUUUGUACCAUUUGUCGUUGAGUGUAUAUGUAGAAACUGUGUAUAAAAAAACAAAUGUAAUACAGAUACCUAUUUGGUUA